AUGAUCACUUCUUUAAUAUCUAUGCAUGUUGCUCCACCACCUGUCAAGUUUUCCUUCUCUUUCCUUCUCUCAUGUACACUAUCUUUCCUUCCUUUCCUCUUUCACCUUUUCAAAUUUCCCUCUCAUUCCUUCUCUCAAGACUUUUUCUUCCUUUUCUCUUUCAUCUCUUCAACCUUCCACCUGAUAAAUUUUCCCUCUCUCAUAUACACUUUCUUCCUUUUCAAUUUUCCCUCUCUAUUUUUCUUUCAUAUAUGCUUUCUUCCUCUUCUCUUUCACCUUUUCAAAUUCCCCUCUCUUCUCUUCUCUCGUGCACACUUUUUCUUCCUUUUCUCUCUUCAAUUUUCCCUCUCGUUCCUUCUCUCAUAUAUACUUUUUCUUCCUUUUCUCUUUCCAUUUAACCUUCCACCUGAUUUUUUCUUUUUUUCUUCUUUCAUAAAUAAAGACUUCCUUUUUCUCUUUCACCUGAUUCCACCUGAUAAAUUUUCUCUCUCUUUCCUUCUUUCAUAUACGCUUUCUUCCUUUUGUCUUUCACCUUUUCAAUUUUCCCUCACUUUCCUUCUCUCAUAUACACUUUCUCCCUCUUUAUUCUCUCUCUCUCUCUCCUCUUCUUUCUAUUAG